AUGGAGAGCAAGACCAUCGCCAACAAGCAAAUUAGUGCCUCUUCACAAUGGGAUCACAAUGAAGCUGCCCAUAAUGGUAGACUUCACUUUAAACAAUCAGGUUACAAAGCAGGGGCUUGGGUGGCUCGCACAAAUGAUGAAAACCAGUGGCUCCAGAUAGAGCUGAUUAAUCCAUACGUUAAAAUAACAAGGGUUGCAACGCAAGGACGAAACGGCCAAACUACGUUGAACUGGGUGACCAGCUAUAAUCUAACUUACAGCAACGAUGGAGUAAAGUUCCACAUUUAUAGAGAACGGGGACAUGUGGAGGCGAAGGUUUGCUACUUAUCUAAAUUAAUCUUCAUCAAUAGUCCAUCUCUAUUAACUGGGAAUAUCUAAAAGAAUACACUGUAAGAGUCAAAACAUGCACUUCGUUAAGCGAUCAAUUUGAAAGUAUAAAAUUAAGCUUAAAUUAAGAGGAACAACUGAGUUGCUCCGGUGAAUAAGCACCAAAGUCUGUGCUGAUCAUUUCCCACAGCUUCCAGCUUUGGGGAAUAAAUAAGUUAAAGGAUUCUAAUUCAAAUUACAGCGGAAAAAUUAAACUUACAAAUAAGAUGAUUAUAUCAAGAAGCAGACUAGAGAAUUUUAACUGGCUCGGAUCUCCAUGAUUUAAAUCCGUGGAUAAUCUAACAUUACAAGAGAUUAAGAAAGAUGUUUUUUCGUCUUGUGACGAGCGUGGGACAUAGAAAAAAUUCUGAGUCCCCAUGAGGACGCUCGUGACAAGACGAAAAAUCAUUUUUCUUAAUUCUUCACCGAGCUCAAAACUUACCAUCUCUACUUUUCUGUCAAUUACAAGAGAUGUUGACGGCUUGUUUUGGCCUUUCAGAAGGUGGCAUUAGUCAGUAUACCAUGUAAAAAGCAGACAUUUCUACUCGAGCCUCUACAGGCGGUGAGAUUGGUUUGACAUUUCUUUAAUGAUUAUCCUUUUCUAGAAACGACAGUGUUAAAAUAGGAUCUUUUAUGCGAUUCGUCCCUUUCUUUCAUUGUAUCACGUAACAAAUCACCUGACUUAAAUCGGAAGUUCGCUCUCAGCACACUUAGAUCUUAACUGUAGUUCGGAAUAGAGUCUAAAGAAUCUCCAAAAAGUGUUAUCUCUCAAUUUCAUUGGAGAAUUAAGUCUUUCAUGUUGUAUGGAUAUUUCCGUCUUUCAAAGACGGAGAGUAGAUGAAGUGGUGAUAGCAAAAAUGUGUUGUUAAAUUUAAGAAAUUAGUCAUGAUCUCUGAUAAUGAAGAAAUGUAAAAUGGUUUCCGUGUUUACAUAGCCUGAUGUAAACACGCGGGAGGUUGGGAGAACACGAGAUAAGCGUAGGAAACUUAUCGAGAUUAGCUAACGAAAGAGGAGCGAAAACUGUGUUUAUAUACGCUCAUGUAAAAUGAUUUUAUGGCCAAUCAGAGCGCGCGUACUAUUUGAAUUAUUUUAUAAAGGGUGAAAUCAAACAACUGCCAAAUUUCAUGUCGAGCGGAUAAUGGCACCAACGGCUUUUUGCGGACUAUUUUAAAACGGUGGAUUUCAAUUUGACUUAAAUAGUUGAGACAACCCAAGGUCGAAGAAUGCAGUGCAUGCAACAUAGGCAAUACGUUUACGUUUCUCAGUGUGUUGAUUUCAUUUUAGAAUUUCUUUGGAAACACAGACAAAGACACUGUCGUGUACCAUGACCUCUUUCCACCAAUUAGAGCAAGAUACAUCCGUUUCCGACCGACAGCCUGGUAUAGGUGGAUAACAAUGCGAGUAGAGCUGUACGGCUGUUUAGGUGAAGAUGAAUUUGACUUGUUGAUAACGAGUAUUUCUUUGAUUGACGUGCAGUUCGUAAUUCACUUAUCUUGUGUCCUACAAAAUGUUGAAAAUUAUUGUGUUUAACUCAGUUUUAGCGAGGAAGGCAGUUGAUUAUAUACUCUAAAUUAAAACUUUCUGUUUAUUAUCUGAAAAUUUAAAGAAUGUCAAGACCCUUUUGGUAUGGAAAACGGUGUCAUUUCUGACGGACAAAUUAGUGCCUCUUCAGAACUGAAAGCAGCUCAUGCGGCGAAUAAGGCCAGACUGAAAGCUUCAGAGGGAACUUGGCUGCCUCUCGUGAACAAUGCCGACCAAUGGCUUCAGAUUGAUUUGCUAAAAAACGAUACCAUCGUAACGAGAAUCGCCACACAAGGACUGAAUGAUCCCAAGAAGAAAAAAUGGGUUACUAGCUACAAUCUACAAUAUAGUAACGAUGAAAUUAACUUCCACUAUUACACGGAACAGGCAGUAAAAAAGGUAUAUUAGAGUACUACAGGGUAAGUUAGUAUCAUCAACUGAGCUUACAACGUAAAUUGGCCGCCGUAAAGAGAUUCAAACCAGACGUUUCGAGCGUUAGCCCUUAGUCAGAGCAAAGCACUACCGUUCAUUUCGCUCUGACGAAAUUACCAUGUUAAACCCUCCCACCGACGCAGCAUCACAGUUUCCUUAUAUUAGAGUACUGACCAGGCUUCUCUUUCCAUAAAAGAAGACAGUAUUGCAAAACGAACAUGUAGAGUGCAUCAUAUAUAUCAUGAAUUUGGCUGUUUUUCUCUUCUUUUAUUGUUUCACGCAUAAUUAUAGAGCAUCUGUAUAAGUAUUCUUAAAAACCUUUUGUAGUGGCCGGGGAGCGCGGCCAACUAGGUAUGUCAUCAGAAGAAGAAUUAUUAAAAUUCAAAAUCUCCACCUUUCAAGACGAACAUCAUGCAUGAAAAUUUUUUACUUUUCCCACCUCGAUGAUUUUACUUUUUAAACUGCCGUCCCAGGCUGACCUACAACUACUAACUUCUCUUUAGUUGUUUUUCACUUUAAAUUCUGAUUUACAAUUUUUAAAAAGUCAGUGAGAUUUAAUUAUCAUAACUUUAUCGAUUGAAGAAGUCAGCAGAUUCUAAUUUUUUUUUUUUUGAUAAUCAAGGUUUUUGAUGGAAAUAUUAACAGGAAUUCGAUAGUUUACCACGACUUAAAUCCCUCCAUGGUGGGACGUUACGUCCGAUUUCGUCCAAUUGACUGGAACGGGGAAAUUGCCAUAAGGGUGGAGCUGUUCGGUUGUUCAGGUAAUUUUAAUGGUAGGACAUAAGCUUUCUUGUCAAGUCGUCACCAAGCCGCAUCUCGUAUGAAGCACACCCAAAAUUGACGUUAAAGCCUCAUACGCAGUUCUAAUCUCCCAUUCUCCGACAUUCCCCGAUGGAAACUGUCCUCGCAACAUCCAGAGGCAGGAUGAUAAGUUCAAGACAAGGAUUCAAAGGUUCUCCUUCCCACGGGCCAAAGCACCAUCAGCUCCGACUAAGUAACAACUAUUAUCAAACAACAUGCUGGGGAAAGCGAGAUAGCUCUUGUUGUGCUAGCUACUUGGCUCAUGAACCUUUCGGUCACAUCGUGUACGCUUUUCUGCCUUUAUAGAAAAUUUUUCCCGAAAAAAAAGGAGCCUUAAACCAAUAGAAAACCUUUUUUUUAUGUGAUACAAUCAAUGCGCGAAUUUGUCCAACAGCUUACUAGUCCUGUCAGGAAACACACGCAUACGCACACUGGAAUGUACGAAGAAUUACGAUCUCCAUACUCUCAAGGACGGACAUAUGGUAGGACGUACGACUCGGCAGACUGACAGAAAAAAAAAAAAAAGUAGGAUAGGAUAGAUAGGGCAGAAGCACACAGGAGCUUACAUCAUCUAAUAUGAUUUUUGCAGAUUUGGAUGAAUGUCAAGAGCAGAAACACAAUUGCCACCGCAUGGCGCAUUGUAACAAUACUGUGGGCUCGUUCAAUUGCACUUGUCUUCAAGGAUUUACAGGAGACGGUGUCAGCUGUUUUGGUAUGAUAUAUGACCGACUCCACGUGCUAAAAUGUGUCUCAGCUGAACCGGGAAUACCCCCAACUAAAUGUAUAAUUUAAGACAGUAUUGCAUCAUUUUGUUGUUUAGAAUGCAUAAACGUCUUUUUCCUACUUGACAAAGAGCUGUGGACGAGGAAGUUUUGUCUCGAGAAAAGAAAACUAUUUGAAAGAUCAUUAAGUCAAUAUCUCCUAAUAAGCUACGAAAUAUGCUCGCACAUAUUUCCUUGAACAGUAUGUGUGUAUGCUCGCUCUCGAAAACUGGUACCUUUUGAACAGACAAUUAUUUCAGGACUUUAGAUAUGAAUAAGUCUUCAAAGAUACAUAUGUAGCUCAGCAAAAUAUUUUCCCUACAUGUAUGCCCAUAUUUCCUGUGACAUAAAUGCAUACCUUGGUAUCGUACCCAUUUUCUCAAAUAAAGUGACUUAUAGAUCACUUUGAACCACGAUAACCGUUUAAAACUUGUUGAACAACGUUUAACCCUAGAUUUAGAUAGGGCAUACUAAAGAUAUUUUCCAACUCCGACGAGAUCGUUUCAUCAAAAAUCAUUUCUUCUUAUUUAAAAAGAUAAUACGUGCCAGUGAAAAAGAAUUGGUACCAAGAAUUCCUUGUUAGAUAAUCAAAAGACUCAUUAUUUUGCGAGUUUUGCUGAUGUUUCUAAGUUUUGAAAAUUAUCUAGGAAAUGGAAAAGUUCACUAAUCAUCACUGGAAAACGUAUUCAAAAACGUACUCAAAAUGUACGCACAUUUAAGAUUUGGAUGUCUCGUCAUAUUUUCUGUAUCAAUCUUGCCUCCUCGUUUCAAUAUUAAGUCAAUGUUCUCUUUAAGUUUACAAACGAGGGCCAUUUUCCAAAUUGGAUCACAACUUCUCGUUUCACUUCAUCUAAUGCAAGCUGUUAUUUAUUUUCAUAAUGACCUUUAAAUCCAUAGACAUAAAGGAGUGCAAGGAAGAACUGGAUGACUGCGCCCCUGAGGCAAAGUGCUCUAAUAGAUAUGGAUCAUUCGUAUGUACAUGUUUACCUGGAUACUCUGGAGAUGGACGAUUUUGCAAUGGCACGUAUAACAAGCUCAAAUCUUUGGUUCACCGUUACGAACUCUGCCACUAACGUUCUGAAUGAAUUAUUAGCUAAACGUUCCCUUAAACAUCGACAUCACGUCGAUGAAAUUGUUAAAAACAGACUUUAGAUACUCAUGCGACUGGAAAUGUUGAUGAGAAUUAAAAAAUUAACAAUGAUUAAAAGAAAACAAUGAUAAAAUUGAUAAUAAUAACAAUAUUAUUGACAGAAUACCUGUCAGUACAAUAUGGACAAAAAUGUAAUCUUACAGCUUUUGAUAUCUGUGAAAUUUAGGGAAAUUAAAGAAUCAUUUCAUAAUCAUCACUGUCAGUCUGACACCCCAACAGUAGUAACAAAACAUUAUCCAUGUCCCAUUCUUUUGAAUAUAAGCCACGAGAAAUGAUUUUUUUUUUCUUUGUAUGUUUUUUUUUUGAGAUUAGAUUUGACAGCUAUACAGUCUUAAUUACGUAUUUCUCUUUUUCGUAUAGAUAUUAACGAAUGCACCACAAAUGUGCACAACUGCGACCCAUGGGCAGUCUGUAAUAACACAAUCGGAUCUUUUAAUUGCACAUGCUUCAAAGGAUAUGAAGGAAAUGGUACAAGUUGUGCUGGUAGGAAAUAUUCGCAAGAUGAAUUCUUUCUUGCUGUCUUUUAUUUACUGAGGCACUUAUCCAUGUCACAAGACCUAAACACAUUUAUGGAAUUAUGUAGAUGUCGAUGAAUGUGCAACCUCAACUCACAACUGUCAUGGAGUUGCUCACUGCUUUAACAAUCCGGGGUCCUUCAGCUGCGAGUGCCGCAAAGACUACACUGGAGAUGGAAUAGCAUGUGAGCCAGACGGUAAGAUUCAAUUCAAGUUUCAGUGAAACAAAACUGGGCUGAAAAUGAAUCAUUUCGUCAAGGUCUAUACAUUACUAUAAUCGAACGAGGUACUCUGAGUAAAAUUAUCAUGUUUAUUUUAAGAUUUGAUGAAAAGUGAACAAAGCCUUGGAAUACUUCAUAACAGAAACCCCAAUGUAAAACAACAGAAGAUAAUUCAGUUUGUUGUUGAUAGCAUGUUACAGAAAGCUUGUUUCUUUGAGGUUGAAAGCUAGAGAAGAUUUUUUUCCUAUAUAUUCUUAGGAGAUUUCUCGGUGACCAUCAGAAAUAUUUCAAAAGACAAGUACCAUGCCACACCUGUAAAUCGUUCAGUCAAAAGCGUCCAGGAAGCCGUGAUACAGGGUCUAAAUGAAGACUUAAAUGUACUUAAAAGCACUUUUCAAUGGAGCGUGGUUAGUGAAAUGGACCUAGCUGCUUCCGAGUCAGCAUUAGGUACUUUAGUUAGUCAAGGAACAACGGAGUGGACAAUAAAUAGACGAUCCAUACCAGCAGGUAUCUACCAAGUCAAAUUCAAUGCCUCAAUUACAGUUGGAGAUCAAGAAUCCCCACGGAUGCUCAAUGCUUUUGAUUAUGGCUUCAUCGAGGUUAUUGCAGCUCCAGUGCGAGCAAUCAUUGAUGGGGGAAGCAGUGUUCGAUGGGGAUCCAAAAACAUUGUGACUGUGGAUGGUUCCCUGAGUUACGAUGCUGAUAUUGGUCCUGGAACACAAACUGGGCUCAACUUCACGUGGACCUGUCGGAAUAACACUAAUGUGAGCAAUACCUGUUUCGGUUCAUUUCAUGGUGAAGGAAACUUAAGCUCCACAGUAGUUAGAAUUGAUCCCAGUGGACUUGAAAUCGAUAAGACUUACUUCUUACGACUUACCGUUUCCAAGGAUGUGAGAAGUUCAUUUGCUGAAAUGUCCUUUGCUAUAGCUGCUGGAGAGGUACCUCAGGUGACUCUCAGGUAAUUUUUUUUUCGAAUUAUGACAGGCCAAUGUUCACACGUGGUGGUGCGUUGGCCUCGUGGUUAGUGCGCUCGACUUCGGAUUGAGUGGUCCGGGCUCGAGUCGGCCGGGGUCAUUGGUUGUGUUCUUAGGCAAGACACUUUACUCUCACAGUGCUUCUCUUCACCCAGGUAUACAAAUAGGUACCAAGAAAUAUGCUUGGGUUAACCCUGCGAUAGAUUAGCAUCCCAUCCAGGGGGGGAGUGGUAAUACUCCUGGCCGCCUCAUGCUAAGGAAACUGGAGCUAAGCCCCGGCCCCAUGGGCCACUUGGAGCUGUAUAAAAGAGCCUUCUCCUUUUACUUUUAAUGUUCACAGGCGGAUUCUAAAUUGCUUGGGAAAAAUAUUAGAUAUUCGACAGAUUCGAGGAAACAGACGCUGGCAUUUUUAUUGGUAUUAAAAAGUACGAUUAAAAUCUUUUCGCAACUUAAGAAUAAUUUCAGUGAAUUGGACUUAAAAGCUUCAUUAGGUAUCUGGAGGUUUGGCCAACGUGCAGCAUAGCUCUUAAAGACCUGCUCCACUAGUGACGGGCGGGUACUGGUUUCAAAGAGUCAUAUCGCUAUGCAACUGAAACACCUUUUUCAAGCGCAUAAGGAAUAUUUUAAUUCAGCUAUUUACGUUAAGUCAAUAAAGUGCCAUUGAAGCUGCAACUGUUUUGACGAUUCUCCUCACUGUUAUUGCUUUUGUGUAUGUUUUUGUUUGUUUUUUUUUUUUUUGUUUUUUCUUUUUUAUAGUUUACUUUCUUUUUUCUUAGAUGCUUCGUGGAUUGCGGCGCAAUAGUAUCUGCGUCAAACAAGCUCCGGGUGACAUCAGAGUGUCCUAAUUCUCCUUGUAGCGGAUCCACUUAUGAAUGGUGCUUGUCCAAAUUAAAUGGUUCAAAAUGGGUAAACAUACCUAUUUUACCCAAUAUGACUUCAACUGCUGUAAAUGCUACUAAUAUGAUUAUCAAGAAGAGUUCAUUGCAAUCUAAAUCAAAAUACAAUCUAACAUUAUUUGUAAAAUCUCUGGAGGGGACAUAUGGGUUUUCUACGCUCCUCUUUGAAACUGCAGGGGAGCCGCACAGUGGUUACUGCACGGCGUCAGUCUCUGAAGGCGUUUCACUGGAGACUGAGUUUACUUUCAAGUGCUUCGAUUGGCAGGAUGCGAGCUUACCGCUUACUUAUGAAUUUACCCUUGGAGAGGAGCCUAUAUCUUAUGGCACAUCACCCUCGUCUGUAUCGACAGUGUUACCGACAGGAUUACCGGACAAAGAUUUUCUGCAAGAAGUCACUAUUGUUAUCAAAAAUGCAGUUGGGGUAGCUGUUGAAGAGAAAUUAUUUAUCAAGGUGCAGUGAUUGGUAUUACAAAGCAAGAAAAACUCGGAACUUAACCAAAGAUUUUCAUGUUUUAAAAUUUUGAUCUAUAUAAACGGUAUGUUUUUCCUUUACCUACUGACCUCUGAAGUUUUUCCAGCAGAAAACUUCCAAGAUCAUCUAAUAUUACGGCACCGUUGCUAUGAUCCAUUAAAAAUGUGUAAUGUUGAUUUAAAUUCAUAGGAACUCAUACCCCUGGACACAAAUUUUCGAUUUUUCUCAUAAAAGACUACAAUAAAACUUUUCGUCUGCAGGUAAAGCCAUCAUCAAGCCUUGAUUCAUGCGUUUCGUCACCCGAGCAAGUUGCAAACAAGUUAAAAAGUUUUGUAGUAGGGGAAGGUAACAAGCUGGAUGAAUUUCUCAACAAAGGUGAACUUAGCCAAGCUGUUCAACUCGGUAUAUCUGUCAUCAAGUCUGCAAAUGAAAAAAGCGAUUGUGGAAAAGAACUGGACCCUAAAGAGAAAGCUUUGGUACGUGAAAAAAAAAACUGCUUAAGUGUAAUCAGCAAGACUUAAAGAUUUCUCUUAUAAUUCCGUUUUAAUUGUCUGUAUUACAACACAAUUUUAUUGCGAUUUCUAUUUAUCUUGAGUGGUAGGUGAACGUUAAAUAUUUUUGGCACAUUUUUUUUUGUUUGUAGAUCUUAAGCGCAUUGAUUACGAAGUUUACAGCCGUAACACCAGAGAAUCUUGAAAUGUCUCGUCUGGUUAUGUCCGUGGUGAGCUUAGCUAUGGGAGCUGAGGUUGACGUCAACGAUAACAGCAACAAUGACAACCUGGUGCGCCCUAUAAAUUUAUACGCAAACAUAUACAACAACUCAAUUUUAGCUUGUACAUGGUAACGGGAAACGAACUGAUCUCUGUUGCAAGUCCAUUGAAAUAGUAUUGAAUGAAUAUCAGAAGGUUACAGCUUUCAAAUUUCAAGCAAUGACGGAGUUGAAGCUGAUGCCUCCCUAAUAAUAGAUAAACUCGAUUACUAACUGAGCGAUGCUCAGUGCGAUCGACAAAAAUAGGCUUUUUCUUGCCUUUAAAGGAUUCUGAUUACAAAUAAAUGAGAAAUUUUGACCUGAAGAUAAUAAGGAGACAACUAGCGACGUUAAACUUACAGGUAAACUUUAUUGAGGAAGUUGCGUUUGACUUACGUUAUGAUCUCAGAAAAUGUCUUUCGUUUUAUUUUUUUUGAAUAAUGUGGUCCGUUUUCUUGCUACCAAUAUCCUUAAGAGCAAAGGGAUUCGUUGAUAUUAUAUUAAUUUUUUUUUUAUCAGAAGUUGACGAUGCGAUUGACCGAGAGUACCUCAAAUAUGAUGAUUUCUUCCCUUAACGAUCCAGAAGAGCCUUUUACAUCAGCGUUGGAACUAGUAGCUACAAGUGUUACAGGCUGUCUGACCAAUGUUCUGAAGUCUGCUGCAGGCUCGAGUCAAGAUAGAGCAGAUUUGGCAGCUACCACAACAUCUCAAGAGGUAAGGAUCGCAAACACAGGUUCCAAAAUAAAAACGUACUCACCCACGUAUUCCCUUGCUAGUAGUUUUUUUGACUACAAUUUUUCAUGACUCAUUUUAUGGGGCUAAGAGGGAAUGAAAAUUAAGAGUCUAGGGAAGUCUAACAGUCAUUAUUAAAACACACUAUGGCUUACAAUCUUUCUUUCCUUCCAGUUUGUGAAAAAGGCCUCCGAAAAGCUGAGCAGCAUGAGUGAUGCAUUUUUUGGCCGUUUGGUGCCAUCAGAAGAUCUGGUCCUAAAAACUCCGAACAUGGCAAUAUCGUUGAAAAAGGUCACAGCCAAUGAUGCUAAAGGACUCAGCAUGGGAGUUGGACCAAGCAAAUUCAAACUUCCCAGCAGCCUUGGAAAUAUAGGUGGUGGAGAGAUAAAUGCAAAGGUAUAAUGCUAUUCUUAUUUUAAUUUUCACAUUUUAACGAAGAUGAAAUAGGACAUAAGUAAUCGCUGAUAGUGAAGUUAGGCUGUCUUUUACGACAUUCAAGUGUAUGCACUUUAUUCUCGUGAUAAAAUGUUAAAGCAAUCUACAAGGAUAUUCUCUGAAAGCUGUGGACGUAAUUUCGUCACUUCAAUUGACCGAAAAAUUAAUCCAGUAAUACUGUGGUUUCAUUUCACAUACUUUCAAACAACAUAACCUAUCGUAUAGCUUAUCAUCGUGUAAUCUGAAUGUUUGAAUGUAUAGAGUCCCAGUAAUGGCAACCGACGUCUCUCAAAAAACAUAGCUGAAGUCAUCACAAGAGUUAGUUGCCAGAGUCCGAGAGUCAGAAUCUAAUAGACUCUGUGUCUUAUUUCAGAUGCAAGCAGUUGAUUUUAAUCCUUUUACAUGGGACAGUAGCAGCAAGAAAAUCAAAUCAAGCGUCACGAGUCUCGAGCUUAAGAGUAACAGUGCAGAAAAGCUAAAUGUGUCAAAUCUUGAUAAUGACAUCGAGAUCGUCAUUCCGAUUUCUAAUCCACCAAAGAACUCUAGCAACACAACACAACAUUAUUUCCUCAAGCCUGACCGCAUAUCAUUCCGAAUUUAUUACGCAGACCUGGCCGACGUCCCUGUCUCUUUAAGAUUGGGUUUGGCCAUAACAGGAGUGGAAAUUGAAAUGCGAAUUAAAUUUGGACAACGACCAACGCUGGUGGACUUCGACCACAACUUUACUUUUAUGUUUAAGUCUAAAUGUGACAAUCAAACAGUUGUUAAUACAAACUGCUUUACCAAAGAUGGGUCUGUGAAAGUCAUGCCUUCUAAACCUGGUUUUCUCUACGUGGGCUUGUUGAUCAAAGGCUCUAAGAAUGAAAGUCAACAUUCUAGGCAAAGAAGAUCAUGUUUCGAUCAUCGUCGCGAAAGACGGUCAUGUGUCGGCGUUAAAGAUCCACCACCGAAAGGAGCCCUUAAAACCAUGGUUCCGCAAUAUGACCCAAAUACAGACAUUAACUACACUUUAACCAUUAUCCAGUCAAGCUGUUUGUAUUGGUCAGAGGAAACAGAAAAGUGGACUGCGGAAGAUUGCAGGGUAAAGUAAAUAAUGCAAAAUCUUUUAACUCCUGAUAAACCUAAACAUUACGCAUGUGAAGUCCAUCGUGUCUCAUUUUUUCCACAAUGAGGGAACCUAUUAGCUCUGUAUUAAAAUAUAUCAACUAGAAACAAGUUUUUGAUUCCAAAAUUGCGGGUCUUUGUAGUCGAGGAGACGAUAGUCCUCGACAGGUGCGGCUUCUAUCAAAACUUAGCCAUAUCCGAUAUCAGUUUUUUUUCUUGCGGACCGAGUUAAGUUUGGUAACGUAAGGGGAAAUCGAUUCACCAAAACUCUUUUUGUUAAAUUUAAAUGAUAUAUUUCAGGACAUUUAUAUCCACAGGUCAGUCAAGAUUCAAACACCACGCAUCUAGUAUGCCUGUGCAAUCAUUUGACAUCUUUUGGUGGAAACUUCAUCCAAGCACCGAAUCCAAUUGACUUCGACAAAGUUUUUACUGAGUUUUCAAACCUUGCUGAAAGUGGCAAUAUUUCAGUACUUGUGACAAUUGCCUGUUGUUUCCUUCUGUACUUCGUCGUUUUGAUCUUUGCAAGAAGGGCCGAUAAGGGAGAUGAAGACAAAGUAUGGUCAUGGUUGCUACUACAUCUAAUUCAAUAUUUUUAUUCCUAAAUAGAUUGAUUUUUUUCAUUUUUAGGCUGCUAUUGAAAUAUAAAUAAAACCUGCUACGUUCUUACCAGUAGAUUUUUAACACCAGAAUGUACCCUUCUUUUCAGAUUUGCCCUCCUAAAUUGAUAUCAGUUGUUAAGGGAGGAACAUAUUACUAUGAUAUGGUUUUAAGCACUGGUGUGUGGAAACAUUCAGCAACAACAGCUAACAUAACCAUCAGUAUCAAGGGCGACAACAGCGAGCAGAGUCAAAUUCCAUUGCGAGAGAAAGCGGACACGAGCCAGUUUUUCGGACGAGGGAGUAUCAAUGGCUUUGUUCUGGCGAUGGCUGAAACCAUUGGCACAUUAAAAGAAAUUACUUUGGAACACGAUAAUUUGGGUGAUAAUCCGUCUUGGUUUGUGGAGACUGUGGUCAUUAGAGACCGGCAGACGGAAGAAAGGUGGGUGUUCCCCAUUAAUAGAUGGCUUGCGUUGGAGAAAGGCGACGGUCAAAUAGAGGUUACUGUGAACAGUACUACUUACUCUGCCUUCUCGGCUCAGGUUCGUUCGCACUUUCCCCGAAAAAUUGCCGACAGUCACCUGUGGAUGUCAGUGUUUGGAAAAGCAUGUAGCAGCACCUUCACACGUGUGCAAAGAGCUUCAUGUUGUCUUUCAGUUCUGUUUAGUGCAAUGAUAGCUAAUGCCAUGUUCUAUAACAUUGGUGGUGAAUCCGAUGAUGCUAUUCAGGUUGGGCCUUUUAAGUUUUCUUGGAAACAGAUAGUCAUCGGAGUACAAAGUGGCAUUAUCAUUGCACCUAUAAACAUAAUAAUUGCUUUCCUGUUUAAGUCUAGCAGACGGAGGAAGAAAAGGAGUGAAAAAUACCAAGUGACAGACGAGGCCCAACGACUUUUGGAUGAAAUAACGGACACUGGUUGUAUGCUACCUCAUUUCUUUGUCUACGUAGGCUGGUUACUCUGCUUCUGUACGACAAUAGCAGCAGCAACGUUUACGCUGUUUUACAGUCUAAUGUGGGGAAAGGAAACCUCUGAGCAGUGGCUUGCUUCCAUCGUGAUCUCCAAUGGACAAGAUAUUUUCGUUGUACAGCCCACGAAGGUAAUGAUAGCAGUCAUCAUUAUAUCCUUUCUCCUGAUCAGAAAGAAUAAAAUCCAAUGUGAAGAAGAAAAAGAGGAAAUUGCAAUCGAUCCUCUUGCAAUUGAAAUAGACUUUUCAAGUGAUGAUCCCAAACAACGAUUUAAGAAAUGUCAGCGUGAAAAGUUGAGGGAUAGGUCAAAAAAGGAAGCUCAGUUAACAACCAUGACAAGAGACAUUAUCCUUCAUCUGAUAUUUGUGUUUCUUUUGGCCAUCGUUUCUUAUGGAAACAAGAAUGGAAAUCGUUUCCUGAUGACAACUGAGACGAGAAAUCGAUUCACCAAAUUCAAUGUGGUAAGAUUCUCGUUUUAAGCUAAAACACACUUUCUAGUUUAUAGUUAGAACGCAUUUUUGUUGUUAUUUCCCUUUUGCAAGACAAUCCUAAAAUCGUUCAAGAAUGAAAUGGCUUUUUAAAGAAAAAUUAGAACUAGGGUUAACUCUCUAACUCCAAGGUCAAAUUUGUAAUAUUCCUUACUGUCAACCAUACUAUUCUUAUGAUGUUAGUUCAGAGAAUUUAGUAUUGGAUCAGCUAACUAUCCUUAAAUUGAUAUUUUCUUUGUUCGCAUCACUUAUUUGGUUGAUAUUGCAUUAACAUUGUAAGGAGAAAUUCACUCGCAGUGUUAAAGGGUUAAGGCAUUGAUCCCUGCUGGUGAGCUGCAAUCAGUUAAAUUGCAGAAAAGAGGCCGGUAAAUGCUCAAGUACAUCCCAACUGAUCUACGAAGCCAUAUGUUGGAAAAAGGUCAAUUAUCAUUAGUUUUUCACUCCCGGCAAGGAAUCUGAACACGUCUGAUUUAAGUUACAUUUCAAUUUAAAAAACCAAGUAUUUCAAUCAGUGCAAAAAAUAAAUGUUAGGAUCUGCCUUUUGUUUUGUUGGAUGAUUGUGUUUAUUUGUUAUUUUGAUAAAUAUAUCAACCUCAUCAGAUAACAAUGUCAACAGCUCUCAGAGUCAAAUUUUUUAUUUUAGGUAUCUGAUGCACAAAGAUUUGAAGCCUGGUUAAGGAACGAAUUCCUAUCAAACAUUUAUAAUCAGGUGUGGUAUAAUGGACUUGAGGAAAAAAACGACCUGUACAUCGAAAACAAGAUGUCCAUACUAGUAGGAAUGCCUUGGUUGCGACAGCUCAGAACUAGAAAAGGUAUACUUAAAUGAGAUUGAUCUAUUUCCUUUUUUUAAUGCAAAAAAUAAAUUUCGAAGUAGGCUCCUGCUGCAAAGUGCAUAGAAAAAUGAGACUUAUUGAAUGAAAAAAAUGAGACCGAGAGAUAAAUUAUAGGAAACAUAUAGAGAGCCCUAUUUCGAAAUGAUGUGACAUACUCACUUCUACUAGGUGUGUUUGCAGCUUAGUAAAGUCAGUUUUCACCUUUGAUGAUCACACUGUCGCUCACUUCCCGGUGUGCUGAAAAUUAAUUGAAACAAAAUCUUCCUAUUCACACGUCUUAGAAAUCACUGGAGUUUUUAAAUAGGCCAUUCAUUUUGAGAUAUAAACCUUAAAGAAUCAGCUUGUUUAUUUUCUUUUCACCGUAACAUCAUUAAUAGAAACUAAAGGUUUUAAGUUUUGUCUUUGUAUUUUUCCUUCAAGGUUCCUGCGAAUCCUUUCCUAAAAUCGUCUCAACUUGCUAUUACGACUACUCCUCAGAUAGUGAGGACACUACUUUCCUAAGCCUUCCCGGCUGGAGGCCUCUUCCCUUCAACACAUCGUGGCCAAAUGCUUUACAAAUGUGCCCAAAACCUUGGCGAUACCAAUCAGCAGCGGAACUUCGCAACCAUCCUAUCCAGGCGGCAUACAAUUCAUAUGAAGGGGGUGGUUAUGCAGCUGUUAUGGGAUAUGACGAAACCACUGCACAAGGUGUCCUCGACGCAACUAUUGGCCUUGGUUGGCUUGAUCGCCAGACUCGAGUUGUAAUUCUAGAGUUUGCCGUUUUCAAUAUCAAUACAAACUUGAUUAGCGUUGCCACAUACUUCUACGAGGCCUUAGCUACUGGUGCAGCCUACACUACAAGGAGAAUUGAAACACUGGAGUUGUACAGCACUGAGUCAGGAGCUCUGAUGUUUUUCUUAAUUGGCCAGUUUCUGUUCAUGGCAAUGGUCCUCUUUUACUUCAUAGUAAUGCUAGUUCACCUUUAUCAACAACGCUUAGGUUUCUUCAAGUCUGUUUGGAACAUGGUGGAUUUCUUUAUGAUUAUUUUCUCUGUAGCCUCUGUAGCAUUUUACAUGAUCAGAGCUAAAAGCGUUUUGAACACUAUCAAAUCUAUUCAAGCCAAUCCAUAUGAAAUCGUGCAUUUCCACACAGCCUUGGAUUGGCUUAAUCUGGAAAAUGCGUCUAUUGCUGUGGCUGUUUUCUUGGUGACAGUCAAGCUUCUAAAUCUAAUCCGUUUUAACCCACACGUAAUAUACUUGUUUUCGUCUUUUCGGCAAUCUAUAGGCUAUCAACUCUCCUAUGUGCUCUUUUUUCUGAUCGUGUUUAAUGCAUUUGUUGUAACAGGCAUGCAGUUUUUUGGUGGUGUAGUAUUAGAAUAUUCCAGUUACCUCGAUGCAGUCAUGUCUCAGUUCGAAUUCCUGUUGGGAAAAGCAGUCCCAGUGGACGCUCUUCGAAGGGACAGACCCUUCAUUGGGCCGACUUUUGCGUUUUUGUUUUGUAUGUCCACAAAUAUAUUUCUUAUGAAUAUGUUUGUUUCUGUCCUCAACGAAUCAUACGGUGACGCAAAAUCAAACGUAGAGGAAAAUGCAAAAGAGCUUGAAAUGGCACGUUUUAUUGAAGAGCGUCUAAUGAACGUUUUCCACGAGGGAAGUAAUCAGACUGAGUUUAAGUUGUUUUGCGAUGAGACAAUAUUCGUCAACAUGUGCCUUUCUGAAGCAGAGCCAUUCUGUUUGAAUUCUGAAUGUAUUGUCCAGUGUACAGAGGAACGAAUGCUAAAUUUGGAAAAAAAACUAAUUGUUCUCGCUCGACGAACAGAGUACAUGGAAGCUGAUUAUUUGCGAGAGGAAAAUGACUUAACUGACCUGUUGUUAUUAAUGAUAAAUCCUUUGGUGCGUGAUUCGGAAAAGAAAUCAAAAGAUCAUUUCUAA